AAACUUUACGAGGAUGGAAAACGUGGGAGUGGCGCAAGAAACGACGUCGUACUUUUGCCGCCGAUUUGAAAAAUGCUUUUCCGUGCAAAACCGACGGGAGAGAAGAAAAUGAAAUGGUUACCGAAAACGAGAGGAAGGCCAAAGCCAAGAGUCAAGACCCUCUCCUACUUACAAAGGGCCAGCUUCUAAUGUUUGUCCUAGAUUCUCUUCUGGGUCUCGACUCCUUCAACACACUUGUGCGCUUCGCUCCCUGCGUUUAUCCUCGAACUCAUGUAGAUUGAUGCUCUCUCACCCUUGUCCACCAAACUCUACACAAUUCAAUUCUGUCUCACUCGCUAUCUCUUGUAAAAUGUGUCAAAGAAUAGAAUAGUGAUGGCGGUAGCAGAAGCAAGAGCUGCAUGGCAGAGAGCAGCUAAUCGCUGCUUUUUCCAAGAAGAUGCCAAAAGAGCUCCGAAGUUAGCUUGCUGCCAAUCAUCAUCUUCAGCAUCUAAGCAGGUUGACACUGGACCUACCAAUAAUACAGAUGGGCAAUCUCAUCCUGCCUCUAUUUUUAUGCCUAAAAGGAAUCCUUCGUUUUCCAAUCUUCCCCCCGACACAAGAUGUUGGCUCCAAUUGCAACCUAGCAAUGCAAACCAAAAGGGCUCAACGUAUGAACAGUCAGUUGCAUUGGAGGCCAAAGUGGUCACCUUAGGAGCUGGCACUGUAAAUUCAACAGCUAAGCUCGAUGAGGUCCACCCUCAAAAAGGGGACAUUAUUAAUGACAAUGAUGAUAAAAACUGCGAGUCUUCUCUUGAUAGGCAAUAUGUUCUCCCUGCUGUUCGUAUGAACAAAGCCGUCGAAGCCAGAAAGGAAGAGGUAAAUGCUUCAUAUUGUAAGAAUGCCGAGGAGUAUUGUGAACUAAUGGAAGUAAGGGGGAGAUACGAACACUUGGAUAUGGAUCCUGAUGGUUGUCCAGUUUCCAAGCAAGCCAAUGAGUGUAGCUUAAAUCCAGAAUCUCCAUGGAUUGGGGAUUAUAAGAGGGGACCGUGGUGGCAAACAACAGAUAAAGAAGAAUUGGCCUUCUUGGUCGAGAAGAAGUCACUUAACCAUAUUGAGAAUUGCGAUCUCCCCCCACCUCAGAAAAUUUAUGUAGGGAAGCACCCAUUUUUUCAUAGUGGCUGCAUUGAUCAUGAUGAAGCAUUGCUGUCAUAUUCUGAUCUGAAGGCCAGAACUGGUAGCAUUUCCAAUAGGACUCAUACACAAGAGGGCUUUCCAGAUUCCAGGAAAGCAGAUGGAAAUGAGGUGGCUUCAUCUGAAGAAGGGUGUUCACAAUAUGGUUCUGACAAGUCAAACAGUUAUAGUACAAACUACAAAGAUAUCACGAAGGCAUUACAAGUUUCUGAAGGUGGCCCUGAAAAAGCUCUGCUGAUGGAAGCACUCUGCCAUUCUCAAACUCGUGCAAGGGAAGCCGAGAAGGCAGCAAAGCAAGCUGAUGCUGAGAAGGAGCAAAUUCUUAAGCUCUUCUUCAGACAAGCCUCACAACUUUUUGCCUAUAAGCAGUGGUUCCAACUGCUGCAGCUAGAAAUUCGUUACAUCCAGAUUAAAAAUACCGACCAAUCAAUUUCCACUCUCUUCCCUGUGGUCCUUCCAAAGAUGGCUUACAAAGGUUGGAAACAGCGAAAGAACUGGCAGAAGGCUACCAAGAGGAGAAGAGUCCAGCGAGGGCGAUCUAGGCAUGAUAUCAAAAGGUAUGCUGCUGUUUUUGCUUUGGGAAUGAGUCUCGUUGGUGCUGGCUUGCUUCUGGGAUGGACUGUAGGGUGGAUGUUACCUCCUUUAUAGUGUACAGUGUAUCACCUGCGCCUUGUGAAGAUUGAUUUAUAACGGUAAGCAACUGUUUGGAAUAUAUUUUAUACAUUUAUCUUUGUAGAGUUUCAAGUAUACAGAAGUGCAAAAUGAGAUAUGUGAAUAUGUUGGGGCGAAAAUAUUCUGAAUUAAACAUUUCAUCAAGAAAUUUUCAUUGACCCUCUGC